AUGAUUUAAUCUUAAAAUGAAGAUUAUCAUAUAUUCUAAAAUGGUCAAAUAGAAUAAGAAGGAUAUUCUUAUUAAGGAAGAUUAAUCAAGAAAGUUUAAUUUUUUAUAGAAUGCGAGAAGAGAAUGCUGAAAUACAUUAAGGAUGGAGAAAUAUUAAGAAUGUAAUUUGAAAAGUAUGCAUGUAGGGAAUAAUUAAAAGAGAAGCCUAAAUAUUUUGAAAUACUCAAAAAUUUAGAAUAAAUAAUAAGUUUGAGAUGGGAAGGAAUAUAUGGAGAAAACAAUAAAAAAAUUGGAAAGUGGGUAGCAUUUUGGAACGAUUAAUGAU